AUGUCGAAUGUUAUUCGCGCAGAUGAUGAUUAUGAUGGUGGCAUUGUUCGUCAACUUGUUGACUCUGCAUCUUCGCCGUCGCCGAUUCCUCCGCCACCAACUGAUUUCGACAUGAAUUGGCCAACGCCAAUAAGUCAAUCUGAACCAAGUUUUCAAGCUCGUCAAAGUCAACUAGUUAAUCGGCUAUCGACGACUGCCUAUAAUUCAUCAUCGUACAAAGUAUCUAUCGGACAUGAGACCGUUAAUAUCACUGAAAUUGCUCGUCAUCGUGAGUCGCUAUCCGACAGACCUAUACCAAUAGCCACUGCCGACCGACGUCGAUUAUCUGGCUCGCGUAAAGGCACCAAUAUUCUAAGUUUAUGUUUUAUGUGCUUUGUUUCUGCUUCUCUUAUACUUAUUGCCAUUUCCACAAUGAAUCUAAUACUAAAAAUCAAUUAUGUCAAUAAUCGUGACAUGAUUCCUCGUAUAGCUCAAUCAAUGAAUGUCACAUAUAAUAUUCUUUAUGUGUUACCAGCGUCAAUAUCUAUAACAGAUACGGUGUCAAAUGUUAUAAUACCAGCGUACGAUCGUACUAUACGUGAAUUGGCAACAGUCAUUUGUUUAUUGAUUAUUGUAUUGAACUGUUUUUGUGUAUUAAUAUUCAGCAUUGAAAUUUAUCUUGGUUGUAAUAUGAUAAAAACACGACAAAGUUCACAUUGUUUCACACAUUUAUUUAGUUCGUCGACAUCACGAUUUAUUGCUAUUUGUAGUUUUUAUGCAUCGAUACCAGCAUUCAUUCUUGUGAUAUGCUUUUUCAUAUUAUUAAAUUUGUCACUUAUACCGGCUAUUGUAUCAUUGGUUGUCCUUGGUUUUGGUUUAAUUUUUAUUCUAAUGACACUUUUAACGUAUUUUGUAACAUGGCAAAAUGAUAGAAUCGAUGGGAAAUUGGGUGGAAUGAAUUCAUCGAUUUAUCAUACGAUUGAUGCUACUCAUUUAUGUGAUGAUGAUAUUGAUCUAGUUAAAACUGAUGAACUUUCAACACUUGUUUAA